AUGGCGUCGCGUGCCUCUCCGAUAAAGCUCGACGAGCUACCGGACGAGAUACUGCUGCGCGUCCUGUCCUUCCUGGAGCCCUAUGACUUUCCCGGACUGCAGCUCGUCUGUCGAAAGCUGCAGAAGAUCUCGCUCGACAACAACCACUGGAGGUCGAGGACCUUUGACCACUCGCCGUUCCUAGAGUCCAUUCAGCGACGCCGCCGUCUUUCCCGCACCUUCGACGACGACGUUAUUGACGAACCCCUCCUGAGUGCCGCCGUACAUCUGAGCCAGGAAAACGGUGGUACAGAACCACCCCCUCACUUCUACGAUGAGGAGACCGGGGAGCAGCGCAAGAUGCAGAGGUAUAGAGACAUGGCGAACUGGGAUCCCUCGUUCCCGACCGAGCCGGUUUUCUGGUAUAACGAAUACAUACAACGGUACGCGCCGGUGGUGACGAGUUGGUUGCAGCAACCGAGGAUCCGGGACGGAAACGAAGAGGAUACGCUGGACGUCCGGGGCAUGGCGCUUUACAGUCCGAAUCAAGGAAGCAACGAGUUGCUGGCUGUGUCCCCGCUGGACGAUGGAUCCAUGUGUCUCUGGGACGUGAAGGGGAGUCGCGGGCGCAAGGGGGCAAUGGUGGCGAAGAGCGGUGAUGGCGUGCUCUAUCUGGACGGACCUCAGACCAUGGGGAGAUCGCGUAAGAUCGACACCGGCGUGACGGAGAGCAUCACCGUGGACAACUUUUCCGGCAAGGCGUUCGUCGCUGUCCAAGGACACCUUCGCGAGGUGGAUCUCAACAGGUUAGACGUCGUCUCCGAGCAAUCGUUCGAAUGGUCCAUUACAGCCCUCUCUGGGGCCGCCCCCGGCUUGCCGUUGACCGUAGGAACGUCACUGGGUAUUCACCUCUUCGACUACAGAGCGCGGGUGAGGACGCCGAGAGACAUCAUCGAGAAAAUAGACGUUCUGGCCGUUGAUCCCGCAAACGGGGUUACCAGGACGAGCGACUACUUCGAGUCGGAUCCGUUGCCGCCGUACGCGCCUCUGUCGCAGCCUACACCUCUGAGCAUCUUGCAUCUGCCCAAUGCGAAUGACGAGUACUCUUUCGCCGACGAUAUUUACGUAGCAGGGCGCUUCUCCAAUAUUCUCCAUUACGACCGACGCAAAUUCCCUUCGAUUAUGGGGUCCAUCCAUUCAGGCGCUCGGUUGUCGAGUCUCGCGUCUUUGCCGUACCCGUUCUCAACAAUGGACAGCGAAAUACGCCGGAAGGGGGAUUUGUCGGUGGAGCAAGUGAUGGACUCGAAGCAGAAGGAAGGAGGUCGGACACUGAUCGCGGCGGGCGAGUACAACACCAAGGGGUCGUUGGAACUUUACGGCUUGCGUCCACCUCAGGGCGAUUCAUCGGCGGCUCUGAUGCAGAACUCAACAAUGAAGAACCGGCAGACGUCGUCGCAGUCUAAAAUCCUGUCGGUGACUAACCAAGGCACCCGAAUCGUAUUCUCGGAUGGUUCGGGUUUGUUGAAGUGGUUCGAACGCGACGGUUUCACCGAGGUACGGCGCCACAAGAUCGGCCACAGCGAGGUCGCUGAAAGGCCAUCUCUGUUUGCUUCAAUGCCAGGCUCAGAUGAUCUCGCCCGGAAGAUUCUGUCGACGCAGACGCGCACCGGAGUGGACAACGUAAAUGAUGACGAUAUCUUGUUCUGGACCGGCGAGAAAUUAGGCCUCGUCAGCUUCUCGAGUAAGCCAGGGUCCCAGGCAGAUGAUUUUGAGGAAGAUAGGCAGCUAUCGGAGGAGGAAGCGAGGGUUGACGAGGCAGAGAAGGCAUACAGUGAGAGGAUGAGGUUGGCUCUCGAGCGCCAAGCUAAUGACGUCCACUUCGGUAUCUCACGACGUCCCAAGGACAAGUCCGCGAGGACAGGCCCUGCCGGCCCGUCCGGAGCGGCGGGCGGCGGCGGCAAGCCCAAGAAGGCCACCUACGAGGUCACCAAGAAGAAAGAGAUUGGCGUUUCGGAUCUUACGUUACUCAGUAAGGUGUCCAACGAAGCCAUUAACGACAAUCUCAAGAAGCGAUUCGAGGGCGCCGAGAUCUAUACCUACAUUGGCCAUGUGCUGGUGUCCGUCAACCCCUUCCGGGACCUGGGCAUCUACACCGACCAGGUCCUCGACAGUUACAAGGGCAAGAAUCGUCUCGAGAUGCCCCCGCACGUGUUCGCUAUUGCCGAAUCCGCGUACUACAACAUGAAGGCCUACAACGAUAACCAGUGUGUCAUCAUCUCCGGAGAGUCGGGUGCUGGCAAGACCGAGGCGGCCAAGCGUAUUAUGCAGUACAUCGCCAACGUGUCGGGAGGAGACUCGGGCGACAUCGGACAGAUCAAGGACAUGGUGCUGGCUACCAAUCCUUUGCUGGAAUCCUUCGGAAACGCAAAGACGCUGAGGAACAACAACUCAUCGCGCUUCGGCAAGUACCUGCAGAUUCACUUUAAUGCGCAGGGCGAGCCCGUCGGUGCCGACAUCACCAACUACCUCCUCGAAAAGUCCCGAGUCGUCGGCCAGAUCACCAACGAGCGAAACUUCCACAUCUUCUACCAGUUCACCAAGGGCGCAUCUCAAACCUACCGACAGCAAUUCGGCAUCCAAACACCCGAGACGUACGUUUACACUAGCAGGUCGAAGUGUCUCGAGGUCGACGGUAUCGACGAUUUGGCCGAGUACAACGACACGCUGCAGGCUAUGAAGGUUAUUGGCCUCAGCCAAGCCGAGCAGGACGAGAUCUUCCGUAUGCUGUCUGCGAUCUUGUGGGCAGGCAACAUCCAGUUCCACGAGGGUCAGGAUGGAUACGCCGCCGUUAGCGACCAGUCCGUAGUUGACUUCCUGGCCUACCUUUUGGAGGUGACCCCGGACCAGUUGAUCAAGGCCAUCACCAUCCGUAUCCUCACCCCUCGAAACGGAGAAGUCAUCGAGUCCCCCACGAACGUCGCUCAGGCUAUUGCGACCCGGGAUGCUCUCUCCAAGGCCAUCUACAGCAACCUCUUCGACUGGAUCGUCGAGCGCGUCAACAAGUCCCUGAAAGCGAAGCAGGCGACGAACAACAACAUCGGUAUUCUCGAUAUCUACGGUUUCGAGAUCUUCGACAAGAACAGCUUCGAGCAGCUUUGCAUCAACUACGUCAAUGAGAAGCUGCAGCAGAUCUUCAUUCAGCUGACGCUCAAGGCCGAACAAGACGAAUACGCACGCGAACAGAUUCAGUGGACACCUAUUAAGUACUUCGACAACAAGAUCGUGUGCGACUUGAUUGAGUCGGUUCGGCCUCCUGGUGUUUUAUCCGCCAUGAAGGAUGCCACCAAGACGGCCCACGCAGACCCCGCCGCUUCUGACCGCACUUUCAUGCAGAGCAUCAGUGGCAUGUCGAACCCUCAUUUGACACCACGCCAAGGCAACUUCAUCAUCAAGCACUAUGCUGGUGAUGUGUCUUACACAGUUGAUGGAAUUACGGACAAGAACAAGGACUUGCUCUUGAAGGGUCUCCUUAACCUCUUCCAGGGCAGCGGCAACCGUUUCGUCCACACUUUGUUCCCGAACCAGGUCGAUCAGGAUAACCGCAAACAACCGCCCACCGCCGGUGAUCGUAUCAGAGCUUCCGCCAACGCCCUCGUCGAGACUUUGAUGAAGUGCCAGCCAUCGUACAUCCGAACGAUCAAGCCCAACGAGAACAAGUCGGCUUCUGAGUACAAUGUCCCCAACGUUCUGCAUCAGAUCAAGUACCUCGGUCUCCAAGAAAACGUUCGUAUUCGUCGAGCCGGCUUCGCCUACAGACAGACAUUCGAGAAGUUUGUGGAUCGCUUCUUCCUGCUUUCGCCCGCUACGUCGUAUGCAGGCGAGUACACUUGGUCGGGAUCAUAUCAGGAGGCAACCAAGCAGAUUCUCAAGGACACCAGUAUACCCAAGGAGGAGUGGCAAAUGGGUACCACCAAGGCCUUCAUCAAGUCGCCUGAGACUCUGUUUGCGCUCGAGCACAUGAGAGACCGAUACUGGCACAACAUGGCCACUCGUAUCCAGCGCAUGUGGCGAGCUUACCUGGCCUACCGCGCGGAGUCUGCUACUCGCAUCCAACGGUUCUGGCGUAAGAAGAGAACCGGAGCCGAGUUCCUGCAGCUUCGUGACCAGGGCCACAGAGUCCUCCAGAACCGCAAAGAGAGACGCAGAUACAGUCUGCUUGGAUCUCGCAGAUUCCUGGGAGACUACCUUGGUAUCAACGCAUCUGCCGGACCUGGUUCUCAAAUCAGAAACGCAAUCGGUAUCGGAGGCAAUGAGAAUGCUAUAUUCUCUUGCCGUGGUGAGAUUCUGGAGGCCAAGUUUGGCAGAUCCAGCAAGCCCAGCCCCAGAAUCCUUGUCGUCACCAACAGCAAAUUCUACAUUGUUGCCCAAAUGCUGGUCAAUGGUCAGCCUCAGAUAUCCGUUGAGAGAUCGAUGCCUUUGGGCGCGAUCAAGUUCAUUGGAGCAUCGACCGCCCGAGAUGAUUGGUUCUCCCUGGGUGUGGGAUCACCGCAGGAGGCUGAUCCUUUGCUGAACUGUGUGCUGAAGACUGAACUGUUCACGCAGAUGCAGCGCGUUAUGCCUGGUGGCUUUAAUCUCAAGAUUGGCGAAGUGAUUGAGUAUGCAAAGAAGCCCGGCAAGAUGCAGACUGUGAAGGUCCUCAAAGACUCGCAGCAGCCUGUCGACUUCUACAAGAGUGGAGCUGUACACACCCAACCUGGCGAGCCUCCCUCAUCUGUUUCCAAACCGACACCAAAGGGCAAGCCAGUUCCACCGAAACCCAUCACUCGUGGUAAGCUCAUCAAGCCGGGUGGUCCCAACGGCAGGCCAUCUCGUAUCACAAACAGCCGGCCCCAGCCACGCCCAGGUGCCUCGUCUGCAAAGACCGGACCUUCGAUUACUCCUCAACCGCCCGCUGCCGUCAGCUCAGCGAAGACGGGACCUUUCGGACGUCAACAACAAGCUGCCGCCGCUUCUACUACAUCCAUCCCCACGCACACGAAGCCAGCUGCCGCAACGAGAAUGCCUCCUCCCCCUCCUCCCGCCGCACCGCCCGCGCCGAACAAGGUCAUGGCUAAGGUGCUCUACGACUUUGCCGGCCAGAGAGAGAACGAGCUCACGAUUCGCACUGGCGAUAUGGUGGAGAUCGUCCAGAAGGAGAAUAACGGCUGGUGGCUCGCCAAGAACGCUCAAGGCCAGGCCUGGAUUCCUGCUGCCUACGUCGAGGAGCAGGCGCCUCCCCCCGUGGUCGCUCCUCGCCCCCCUCCGCCCCCUCCCAACGGCGCGCGCGGCAAGCCCACCCCUCCUCAGCCUCCCGUGAAGCGUCCUGCCGCUGGACGUAAGCCUGCUGUGGCUCCCGCCCGCGAUUCCGGUCUUAGCUUGAACGGAUCCAACGGCUCCGACAGCCGCAGCAACACCCCGACGCCCAGCCUGGGCAACAGCUUGGCGGACGCGCUGCUCGCCAGGAAGAACGCGAUGCAGAAGAAGGAUGAUGACGAUGACUGGUAG